AUGGUCUACUACUUCACCUCGAACGUGGUCAGCCCGGCCGCGUUUAUCUACGUCGGUAAGGACAAAUUUGAAAAUGAGGGUCUUAUAAAUUUCGGCUUGGAAAGCGAUGUCUGGGUUUGUUUCCACGUCGAUAACCUGUCGAGUGCGCACGUCUACGUGCGCCUACGCGACGGCGAAACAUGGGAUAACAUCCCCGAGCCGCUCCUGGAGGACUGCGCGCAGCUUACAAAGGCAAACUCCAUCGAGGGUCAGUCAUCCUCGACGAAUAUGGGUACUUCGGAGGGGCUCAUCAGUGGUACAGGAAAUAAAAAGGACAACAUUACCAUCAUCUACACGCCGUGGUCGAACCUGAAGAAGGAUGGGUCAAUGGCGACAGGCCAGGUCUCGUUCCACAACCCUAAAUUAGUGAAAAAGGUGUUGGUCCGGGUGCGCGAAAAUCCCAUCGUCAACCGGCUCAACAAGACCCGGGUCGAGAAAUUCCCGGACCUCCGUGCCGAAAAGGAGGAGUGGUUGAAGAAGAAGCAGCACGAAGAGAGGAAAAUAAGAGAAGAGCAGAAGGCUCGAGACAAACAGGAGAAGCGGGAGCGCGAGCAACUGAAGUGGCAGAAGGACCAUGCGUAUGACGAUAUGUUCAGCGAGGAAAACAUGGAGGCCAGCAGCAACCAGGAUCGCGAUGCGGACUUUCUCGACGAUUUUAUGUGA